AUGGCAUGCGUUCGAGCAAGCGACGAGUCCUUGACAAGUUUCGAGCUGCCUCAUUCACACAGGCCACCAUGGGAAACAUAUCUUCCGCCGAUCUCAGGGCGUUCAACUUGGAUCAACCCGUUCUCUUGGCCGCGGCGUUUCUUUGAGAAAAAGCUGAUCGCUAAGGAAUGGGAGAACUCGCCCCGCGCCACCACAAGAUUUCAAACUGCCGACCAGAACGGCGAUAUCAACUUCCUCCUUAACACUGAAGAAGAAUGGGCCUCAAAUAAGUUUCACAUUGAUGCAGUUCUUGACAUCUUCUGCGGCCAAACGUUACUGGAACUAGAAAGCCCAGUCGCGAGCAUCCCGGACGAUCGCAAAACAGCAUUGGUUAUUGAUGGAAAUACGAACAAUCCGGCAGGACCGCAUUUACGACCAUUCGCAGGAGGUUUAACUUCGCAGGAACUUCUGAGAGAGCUCAGAAAAAAGCGUUAUGAGGAGCUUUCAAGUGAUAACAAACGUGAAUCUGAUCAUGGUGCCAAAGAUGAUGCAGAGAGAAGGCUGAUCUUUGUUGAGAAUCUUGAUUCCUGGGGCAUUUUGGCACUCGCAGGAUCGGCACCCGAGUCACUUUCCCAUGCGUUGGGUGACUUGAUUUCGAACCACAUUUGUUCAAAGUCAUCCAUUAGAGUGUCGUUCUCUACAUCGGGCCCCCCAAUCUUUGCCCUCCAUUUUGACAUCCCGUACCGAGUAUGGAGAUCAUCCAGGAGCCUCAAAAUUGAUGGCCGCUGUAAACGAUCCUUACAAGAGCCUCUCAGAUCAUCAAGAGAUGUGACGUUCCUGAGACAACGGGUACACGAAGCUGAUAUUGGUCACGUUGAUGGCAUUUACGCCAGUCAAAUCAGCUGUUUGGUGACAGGGCAUGACAACUGGCGAUGGACUGCUUUGGCGUUUGCAGAAACCUGGUUCGAAGAAGCCUCAAGUUUUGAUCCGACGCCGGAUAUGGUGACAAGAUACGAGCAAGACUUUGAGGAUGGCUUUCUCACCGACCCUCUAUGUCGUGGGAGAUACGAUGUUGCGCAAAACGGAUGGGAUCCCAGAGGCUACUUUGUUCGGGUGCUAGAGAUACGACUCGUACAAGUGUGCCGAGAAUGGGCGUCAGUUGUCUCUAAUCUCGAAAGUGGACUAAGGACCCUAGCCACGACGCACAAGCAGACUCUCAAGAUGAUGCAGGACACGAGCAAGCACACCAAGCUAACCUCGAUUCAAAUGGACGAAAUCCUACAGAAUUUUGGAGACACACAAGAGAGGGUCGGCAAUGCCAAGGGCUUGCUGGAUGACAUUUCGUUAGACCUUCAAGAAACGGUUAGAAGCGGUGAUUCGUUCAUGGGAACUGAUGUCAACUACUUUCUUCACAAUGACGGAUCCACUGAGGAUGUACUUGACUGUCUUCCCCAUCUUUCACAAAUACGAGGCAUGUUCAACGACCUACGACACAUGCAGCAGCGGUUGGGAGACUGGAAGCAGAAGUACAAGGAGAUGCUAGAAGACGGAUUCUCUGCUCGCAAAACCCUGCUGGUCCAAAUCCUGAGGUCAGAACGAAGCUUAAGUCCACAGUACCUGCUCCAGUUCUAUGCCAAGAGUAAUGAACAAGUUAACUGGCCCCAGUCGCUCUGCGUCCAGCAAUAA